ACAUUCCCUUGAGAUAUAAAUAGCAAAAAAAGAGGUUUAAUUACGAAGGCAAGACAUCCGAGCUCCGUCCACUUGAUCCUUGAAAAGGAAAUCUAAGAGGUUCUUACUAUCGCUUUUUCAAUCCUAUAUAAGGUAGGUCAGCAAGACAGAAAAGGCGCCUCUGUUUUGUGCUCCUUCAGCUCUUUUUCCUGAUUCUUCUUGGAGGAAAACCGAAAUCGGUGGAAAAUGAGCAUCACAGACGUCCUCAGUGCUGACGACAUUGCAGCAGCCUUGCUGGAGUGCCAAGACCCAGAUACUUUUGAACCCCAAAAAUUCUUCCAGACAUCGGGCCUGGCCAAGAUGUCAGCCAGUCAGGUGAAGGAUGUUUUUCGUUUCAUAGACAACGACCAGAGUGGCUACCUGGAUGAAGAAGAGCUUAAGUUUUUCCUCCAGAAGUUUGAGAGCGGUGCUAGAGAACUGACCGAGUCAGAAACCAAGUCCUUGAUGGCGGCUGCAGACAACGACGGCGACGGGAAAAUCGGGGCCGACGGUAUGUUCACACAGCAUGAGAGACCUGAGCUCAGGCAGCAUCCGGGACAGGGGGCUUAAGCCAGGAGAUGAGACAGACCUGGGGUAAAAACCCCCUUUCUCCACCUUGCUGAGCCUCAGUCUGCUCACCUGUGAACCAGAACCAAGCCAGGAAGGAAGUCAUGUGUGCAGACUCGGGUGCGAUGCCUGGGGAUGUACACAGACGCUGGCCCCACCGGUCCCUGUCUGUGAACCAGAAAAUGGCCUUCACCUGACUAGGGGACGAGCCACAUGCCUGGCCAAUUAUCUGCAAGACGCCCUAAUGCGCCUUGAAAAUAAUGUCAGGAAUUUCCACCAGUGGGAUUGGAGUCUCUCUGCAUAAGAGAAGGGUUGACCUUUUCAAGUAGGUCUCACAGCAAAGCGUCUACUGGGUGGAGCGAGAAGGCCUCUUUGCUUUCAAGGAUGAAAACAAGUGCAUUCUAUGGGACAUUAGCCCACCCAGCAGACAGGCUUGGAGAACAAAGAAAUCAAGCACCAUCUGUGCAUGCUUCACGCCCAGAGCCCUAUAUUCAAAUGUGAGCGUAAUUGCAUGGCUGUGGGAUUAUCUUCUUCUGGUUUUGUCACGUUGCUUCCACGCUUCUCACCUACGUUGUGCAUGUCAAUCGGUGGGGCCCUGAUGGGGGGACUAAUUAAAAUUUAAAACUGCUGUU